AUGCAGUCGCCAUGCAUGAGGUCAGCACGUCUGCACCUAGAUGCUAGUAUCUUUAGCAGCCUGAGUUUUCACUUGUAUGUCUAUCCCUGCCUCCUGUACUUCUACAAAUUUUGUCUCGGUGGAAGAACAGGUAGGCAUAUUUCUUUAUGCCGUUUCGAACAAUGCAACCAAUUGUACACUCCAAGGGCAAUUUCAGCAUAG